AUGCUCCUGCUGUACUACCUCUACUAUGUGUUUAAGCGACCACGUGAGGUUGCGGCGUCCACCAUCGCCCCCUUUUUGAUCUUUAUGAACCACCUAACCGACGGAGCGACCGCGGGCUACGAUAAACCACUCAUGAGCCUUUUCCAUCCGGAACUGCUGAAGGACGUGGAGCGGGGCCUGAUUCGGGCCAUGGCGCGCUGUCUCUGUAAACAUUUCGGUAAAGUUGUGCACGUCCCCCGCGACACGGCGAUGCUUAGGAGCCGAGACGACGAUGUGAGCUUUGUUGCUCUUGUAGACUUCCAGCACGUCAGACAGGUGAAGUGCCGCAUGUCGUGGAGGUGGUGCCCCCCCAAGGGUGUCUACUUUGCCAUGCCCGUCGCCCAGCGACAUUUUCAAGUCACCGGCUUUCAUGUAGAGCCUCAAUCGAUGGUUCAGUUUGACGUUUUGGAGUUUCUGCACACCGAGGACUUUGUGCCCUUUGCGGGGUCGUUUGUGGAGAAGUUGUUUGAACGGCCUCCAAAGGCGGCAGUGAUGAUGAUGGCGCCGCCGCUGCAGGAGCGUUACUUGGCGGAGCUGGAAAAGCUGCAGAACAGCAUUCAACGCGUGUGCGGGAGUGCGCCGGAGUCGCGCCCGGACGUGAACGCGAGACUCGUGAGCGAGACCAUCCUACGCGACCCCGCCUCGUCGGGCCCCUCCUGUGCAAACCUGGGCAGUGAUAGCGCCAGCAAGGGCGCUGGGGAAGCCGCGGAGGAUGUUAGAGGUGAGAAAGGCAACACAUGUGAGGCAGCAGAAAUGCCCACCAAAAGAGCUGUGCGGGGAAUUGAAAUGCAUUUUGUGGUAGGCGGUGUGGGGCUGCGGGAGGUGGAGGUGACCGUGGUGCUUUCCUUUAGCGGUCUCCGCUGCCACGUCAUCCGCUAUGAGGUUCGCGCUCAACCAGAUACUCGGACACACAUUUUGCUCGAUCAAGACACGGGCGAAAAGACUUUUGUGGCCUGA